CCGGGUACCCUUGCCUCCAAAAGAGCGCGAGUGAGGAGUGAGGAAGGCAUGCCCCCACUGUAAAUCCUCCACGAAGAACUGAGGGCACUGCUGGAAUAGUGUGUAUGUGGUGGGGGGACGAGGAGGAGGAGGGGACCCCUUCCCUGCCUGUGUGGGAGUGUCAAAGGCAGCUGGAAGACUUGCCUGCCCUCCCUCCUUCCCCCACCAGCCCAAGGUCCCUGCGCUGUGGUUCUCAGCCCUGCCCAUAGAUUGGAUCGCCUGUCUUGUGGAGGGCCCGGGUGUGGUUUUUUCUUUUUAAGCUACCUAGGAGAUGCUGACAUGCAGCCAGGUGCCCUGCUCAGGACGUCUGCUGACACUGCCUGGCAGGCAGGACUGGGCUGCAGGCCAGGAGCUGGAAGGCUGGCCUUCCCUCAGGAGCAGGGGGAGCCCUCACCCUUCCUGGGCGGGCACUCCUCUCUCCCUGGGAUGUGGUUGGACAUGAACCUCAACUGCUUGCACCUGGGGCCCUUACAACACAGGCGUGGCCCAGGGCUCCGUCAUGACAGGCGCAGGUGGUUGUCACCUGGCUCUGUUAGCUCCCUUCCAACCCCCUUUCCACCCCUACCGCUGGGGUCCACAUAUCCCUGAAUUUUGGUUCUGAUUCAGAUACCAGAUGCUUUUACAGGUGAGCUGCCUGUGGGAAGGGAGUGAGGAAGAGGAAGUGCCUGGUUGCUUCUUGGCCAGGAGCUUCCAAGAGGGAAUGAAUAGAACAAGUCGCGACCGUCUUGGCAGAAGCGGGUCAGUCCCCUGUCGGGCCGACCCCAGGGGAGUAGGGGUUUGCAAUCCGCAGGGCACUAGGACCCAGCGGGCGCAGGGCAGCCCACGUGCUGCGUUCGCGCCGCCCCCGCUCCUGCCCUGCUCCGGCGCCGCUCCAUUGUCUGGGCGCUGCAGCCGCGAGCCGGGCGGCCGGGGGGUGGCGGCCGGAACCCUGCCGGCCGGGUCGGAACCGGCGCGGGAGAUGCCGGGCGGACCGCGGCCGCCUGAGCCCCCCGCCUAGCCCCCGCCUUCCGGGGGAGGAUGUGCGGCCGGAUGGCGAGGCGCGUGGCAGCGGCUCUCCGGGGGCCCUGCGGUCCCUGGCUCUGCCUCCUGGUGGCCCUCGCCUCGGACGUCAGGAGAGGAUGGAGCUCAGUUCAGCCCCUGCCAGCUCUGGAGCUGUCACCAUCUCUGCCCAUUCUCCCUCUUCAGUGGACUGCGACCAGGGCCUCCUGGACCCUAUAUACCUGCCGGCAGCCCUGGAGCUUCGGGAUGCCCCUGAGCAUUUCCGUGUGCAGCAGGUGGGCCACUACCCACCCACCAACUCUUCUCUGGGCUCCCGGUCUGAGACCUUUCUGCUCCUGCAGCCCUGGCCCAGGGCCCAGCCACUUCUCCGGGCCUCCUACCCACCCUUUGCCACUCAGCAGGUGGUCCCUCCUCGAGUCACUGAGCCCCACCAACAGCCAGUCCCGUGGGACGUACGGGCUGUGUCGGUGGAAGCCACCGUGACUCCAACAGAGCCCCACGCCCGCGUCCUCUUCCACCUCAAAGGGCAAGAUUGGCCGCCAGGGCCUGGCAGCCUGCCCUGUGCCCGGCUCCAUGCCACACACCCUGCAGGCACCGCUCACCGAGCCUGCCAUUUCCAGCCAUCUCUGGGCGCCUGUGUGGUGGAGCUGGAGUUCCCUUCGCACUGGUUCUCCCAGGGCUCCCCCACGCGGGCUGAGCUGGCCUACACGCUGGAGCCUGCGGCUGAGGGCCCUGGGGGCUGUGGCCCCGGCAGGGAGGAAGGCCCCGGGGAAGAGGCCCUCCCAGUGGGAGAUGUGGAGCUGCGCCCGGCAGCCCCCCCACAGUACCAGGAGGUGCCCCUGGAUGAGGCAGUGACCCUGCGGGUGCCCGAUGUGCCUGUGCGGCCCAGCCAGCUCUUCAGUGCCACCCUCCUGCUUCGGCACAACUUCACAGCCAAAGUUCUGACCCUGCGGAUCAAAGUGAAGAAGGGGCUGCAUGUGACAGCUGCACGCCCAGCCCAACCUGCCCUCUGGAGUGCCAAGCUGGACCGCUUCAAGGGCUCCAAGCACCACACCAGCCUCAUCACGUGCCACCGAACUGGGUCCACAGGGCCGGACUCCAGCAGCCCCCUUGAACUGUCCGAGUUCCUGUGGGUGGACUUCCUGGUGGAGAAUGGCACUAGUGGGGGCGUGGCCACCACUCGCCCUGUCACCUGGCAGCUGGAGUACCCAGGCCAGGCCCCCGAAGCAGAGAAGGACAAAAUGGUGUGGGAGAUCCUGGUGUCAGAGCGGGACGUAAGAGCCCUCAUCCCACUGGCCAAGGCCGAGGAGCUGGUGAACACAGCGCCACUGACUGGAGUGCCUCGGCGUGUCCCUGUGCGCCUUGUCACUGUGGACAGUGGGGGGGCUUUGGCGGAGGUGACAGAGCACAUCGGCUGUGAGUCGGCCAACACCCAGGCUCUGCAGGUGUCCGAGGCCUGCGAUGCUGUGUUUGUGGCUGGCAAGGAGAGCCGCGGUGCUCAGGGGGUGCGGGUGGACUUCUGGUGGCGCCGGCUGCGGGCCUCACUGCGGAUGACGGUGUGGGCCCCACUGCUUCCCCUGCGCAUCGAGCUGACCGACACCACCCUCGAGCAGGUCCGAGGCUGGAGGGUACCCAGCACAGCUGACGGGGUACCAGAGCCUGAGGCUGCCCCUGUGGCAGAGGAGUCAGAGAGGCGGUCCCGCAGCUGCCGCCUGCAGUACCAGCGCGCUGGCGUGCGCUUCCUUGUGCCCUUCGCGGCCCACCCGCUGGACGGCGGCCACCGCCUCACCCACUUGCUCGGCCCCGACUGGCUGCUGGACGUGUCCCACCUCGUGGUGCCACACGCCCGCGUGCAGGAUGUACGCGUGGCCUCUCUGGAGCGCGGCCAUGUCCUGGUGGGCCGGGAGCCUGGCGUCACCUCCAUUGAGGUGCGCUCCCCGCUGUCUGACUCCAUCCUGGGCGAGCAGGCGCUGACUGUGACGGAUGACAAGGUCUCGGUGCUGGAGCUGCAGGUGCAGCCCGUGAUGGGCAUCACACUGGCCCUGAGCCGGGGCACUGCCCACCCUGGGGAGGUCACAGCCACGUGCUGGGCACAGUCAGCCCCUCCCGCCCCAAAGCAGGAGGUGGCCCUCUCCCUGUGGCUGUCCUUCUCUGACCACACUCUGGCCCCUGCUGAGCUCUACGACCACCAGGACCUGGGACUGUCUAUCGUGACUGAGGAGCCUGGUGCCAUCCUGCCAGCCGAGGAGCAGGGUGCCCAGCUUGGGGUGGUGGUGAGUGGGGCAGGCGCCGAGGGGCUGCCCCUGCAUGUGGCUCUGCACGCACCUGAGCCUUGCCGCCGGGGCCGCCACCGUGUGCCCCUGGCCUCUGGCACUGCCUGGCUAGGGCUGCCCCCUGCUCCCACGCCGGCCCCUGCCCUGCCACCCAGCCCUCCUCGGAGCUCGGCAGCUACGGGCGCCAGCCUCGGUGGUGAACGGUGGGCGGCAGGCAGCGUGGGCGACCACGGGGGUGUGAGGGGCAAGUUCGAGCGGACAGAGGAGGCCGGGAAUGAGGAGGCAGAGGCUGUGGGGGGGGAGGAGGAGGAGGAGGAGGAGAUGGUCCCCGCCCCUCAGCAGGUCACUGAACUCGAGCUGGGCAUGUACGCCCUCCUGGGCGUCUUCUGUCUAGCCAUCCUCAUCUUCCUGGUUAACGGGGUGGUCUUCGUGCUGCGCUACCAGCGCAAGGAGCCUCCCGACGGUGCCACUGACCCUGCCUCUCCCCAGCCACACAACUGGGUCUGGCUGGGCACCGACCAGGAGGAGCUGAGCCGCCAGAUGGACCGGCAGCCCCCUGGCCCACCCAAGGGGGAAGGGGGCUGCCCCUGCGAGAGUGGGGGCAGGGGGGAGUUGGCCCAGGCACCUGCUGGGGGCACCACGAGCUCCUCGGGCACCCUGGCCAGGAAGGAAGCUGGGGGACGGCGGAAGCGGGUAGAGUUUGUGACGUUCGCGCCAGCUCCCCAAGCCCAGCUGCCCGAGGAGCCUGCAGGGGCCCCUGCUGUGCAGUCCAUCCUGGUGGCGGGCGAGGAGGACAUCCGCUGGGUGUGUGAGGACAUGGGGCUGAAGGACCCCGAGGAGCUGCGCAGCUACAUGGAGAGGAUCCGGGGCAGCUCCUGACCCCCGCCCGGCCUUGGCAGCCGCCCGCCCAGGCGGCCUGCUCUCUCCCUCUGGUGCCUCUUGGCCCAAGCCCCCUGCCUCGGCCCCUGCAAGGGCUCCCCCCUGGCCCCCCGGCCCUGCCCCUUGUCAUGGACCAUGGUUGUGAGGAAGGGCCCUGCCCCUUAUUUAUGGGAACAUUUCACCCUACUGUUGGGCACAGAAUAAACUGGGAAGGAAACCCCG